UCUCUCUCUCCGGAGAGGCGAAGCGAGGGAAUCAGCGAGAGCGCAGUGAAAAGAGGAGGAGGAGGAGGAGGAGGAGGAGGAGGAGGCGGCGCGGGCUCUUGUGUUUCACAUCAGAGGAGCAGAGAGCGAGAGAGUGGGGGGGAGACACGGCCUGGAGGAGAGAGAAUAUAAGGUGUCAGAUACCCAAAAAAGAGAGAGAGAGAGAAGGGAGAGCGAGAGCGAGAGCGAGCAGAGGUGUGAACAUGGAAGUACCCGCCGCGGGAGAUCACGUCUUCGCGGUGGAGAGCAUCGAGAAGAAGCGCAGCAGAAAGGGGAGGCUCGAGUAUCUGGUCAAGUGGCGAGGAUGGUCUCCAAAAUACAACACAUGGGAACCAGAGGAAAACAUACUGGACCCUCGACUGCUCGAUGCCUUCCAAGACAGAGAACGUCAAGAACAGCUGAUGGGAUAUCGCAAGAGAGGACCCAAACCCAAGCACCUCCUGCUGCAGGUCCCUUCAUUUGCCCGGAGGUCCAGUAUUCUGGCCGACCUUCAUGAAACGUCUCUGGAGGAGGACAGAUGUGACAAAUCCAGUCCCAUUCAGAUGCUCCGUCCCCAGACUCAACAGUACCAGCUGAACAGUAAGAAGCACCACCAGUACCAGCCGCUGCAUCGGGAACACGAGGUCGAGCAGCAGACCAACGGCAAGAAGUUCUACUAUCAGCUCAACAGCAAGAAGCACCACCACUACCAGCCCGACCUCAAGGUGCCACAGCCCGUGUUUGCUAAACCCCGAGACGUCCGAGCCGCAGAGCUGCCAAACAAAGGCUACAGUGUGGCUCCAGUGCUGCAGCAGAAGUGGAUUCGGGACAAAGACUCCGGCUGCCUGACCAAAGUCAAGGAUAUCACUAUGGAGCUGAAGAAACUUCCAGCUGACCUCAACGGGCACAAAGAGCCUGAGGAGGCCAGACCUAAGGAGGAUGCCUCGCCACAGUCUAACGGUGGCAGCAGCAGCAGCAAGCUAAAAAUAGUGAAGAACAAAAACAAGAACGGACGGAUUGUUAUUGUCAUGAGCAAGUACAUGGAAAAUGGAAUGAAAGCGGCGAAAAUUAAAAACGGCGAUUCUGAAAUGGUGGAAAAAACGCAGCAAGGAACGGACGACAGCGCGGAGAACCACCUGGAUAAGAUGAGACUCGUCAGGAAGCUCGGCCUCAUGAAUGGAUUUCCCAAAAACCCCAGAGACAAAACAACUCUUCCGAGUUCUGGAUUUAACCAAGAUGGCCCUAAAGAGAGCCAACAGUCUCCCAAAGUGGAGCCAACUGCGACAGAACAGGAUAAGCAUGUCGAGGUCAGGGGUCAGGGGCAACCUCCAAUGGAUCAGCUUUUACAACUGACAGCCGAGCCUAAUCUGCUCCCCCUGCCUGUGGACAGGGGAGUUCCCUCCGCGCUGGACAAAAGAGAAACGCAGGGUGGAUUUAAAGGACUUAAACGGCACAUUUCUGACACAGAGAGUGAGGAACAUGGGAGGAGUAAGAGGUUUUCGAGCUCCAGGAGUAUCUGUGAUCAGCACACGGUCUCCUUGCCCAUCCAAACCGCCAGCAUCGACCAAAACGGAAACCAGGGUCACGAUGCACUGCAGCUCUGUGGAUACGUAGACCAGGAGGAACCCAUUGACUUAAGCAUCGACAAGUCCAGGCCUCGACCUGAGGCUCCCGCAGCAGCCCGGCCUCAAACGCACACACACGCUGAGACACACACACAAUCGCACUCACACACAGAAACACAACCACAGACUGAACCACAGGACGCCACAGAGAAGGUGAACGUGGACUCAGUGAGAAAAGAGGAGACGUUUCCCUCAUUCCAGCCGUUCCUCGGGAAUAUCGUGAUCACAGACAUUACCACAAACUGCCUCACUGUCACUUUUAAGGAAUACGUAACUGUGUGACCAGAGCUGGACACGGACUGUAAACAUGUACAGUAAAGAAGGUUUGAUUUCUAAGAUGCUUGAAUGUAGAAAUGAACCGUAGACCUUUUCAUUUUGAUCUUCUUCUAAGCUCUUAUCUGUCGUUACUUCUGGAGAUUUUAAUCACGUGCAGUAUCUCAUUUAAAAAAAGAAGGGGGGAGGGGUCUUCAUAAGAAGAAGCUUUUAACUCUUGUAAAUACUUUUCACUUUUCUAUGGAUGUAAUUUGAUUUAUACACUCAGCUGUCCGUUAAAAAUGUGGGAUAUAUGGAGAGUUUUGUAAGGGAAAAAAAUGAUAUUGAAUCACAGUGAAUGACUGUGUGUGUGUGUGUGUGAUGGACAGGUUUAAACAAGGAUGCAUGCUGCUUGGACAGAUGAAGCCAUUAGGCGAGCUCGAACGAGCAGAUGAAGAAAAGUGAAGCGCCUUUAUGUCAAUAGAUGUGAUUUGUGUUGAAAGGGAAGCGGUGAUUAUUAUCGUUAGUGUUUGAUGUAUGCGCUUUUAUGAUUUGCUCUCCGUUCAAAAGUGUUGAAUUUUUUUUUUUCCAGUCAUGCAUCUCGUAAUCUAAUCUAAUCCAAUCUAAUCUUACUGAGCACAAGUCACUCCUGUGAACACAGGUGACCCGGAACAUAUUUAUUUCUAUAUUUUGCAGCAGCGCGGUGAAAGAAUGUUAUUUAAUGAUUUCAGUCACAAAUCUGUGGUAACACUCACAGCUGAGCUGUGUAAAUCCAGCACUGCUGACAUGUGUAUAAAAUACUAACGCCAUCAUUGGUAAUAAAGUAUGUCAAAGCACAUAUUUCCCCCUUCGUGUCAUACUGUACGUACUGCUGCUCUCUCUGCAGACAAAACAAGUGAAGGCUUCCCAUGAUGCAUUUCGCAAUAAUAAAACAAAAAAACACUGA